GUCACGAAUGGAUGUGUUCGAAUUGAGAAAUAAGCACUGACAUGCGAGAUGCUAUCUCAAAAAUUAGCUUAGAACUAGAAAAGGCAGUGGUUAACACUGGAACAGAGUCCAGACAGACUUUGGCAACAUUGCAAGAUGCUUCUAUUCUGGAUUUUUAUUCAGAGUCUCUUGCUGAAAGUGGAUUUUGUGGACCUUUUGCCAUUAACGGAAGGUAAACAGGGUGUUCCAGAGUUGGUGCCAUCAAUAAUAUCAGAAUCAUCUGAUGUUUCAACAGAGAUACAAAAUGAAGUCUUGAUAAAAGCCCAGGAAUACUUUAACCACUUUUAUGGUGAAGCUCGCAGCUUUAAACGAAUGGGAAAUCCAAUGGAAGGAAAAAUAAGGGCCAUGCAGGAAUUCUUCGGUCUAAAUGUUACAGGCAAAAUAGACAAUGAGACCAUAAAAGUUAUCCAACAACCAAGAUGUGGUGUUCCAGAUGUACAAAGAUUUAGUCUCUUUGCAUCAAAGCCAAAGUGGCAGAAAAAUACUAUAACUUACAGAAUUAUAAAUUAUACUCCCGAUAUAACUCAAGCUGAAGUGAGCUAUGCCAUAUCCCGUGCUCUUAAGCUGUGGAGUGAUGUCACACCCUUGAACUUUCUACAGAUCUACUCCGGGGAUGCAGAUAUUAUGAUUUCAUUUGGUUCUAAAGUUCAUGGUGAUUUUUUUGCAUUCGAUGGACCAUAUGGUGUGUUAGCACAUGCCUUUGCACCAAGUGAAGGUAUUGGGGGAGAUGCACAUUUUGAUGAGGAUGAAACGUGGACACUGGGACCUAAAGGUGCCAAUAUAUUCCUUGUUGCUGCCCACGAAUUUGGACAUUCACUGGGACUUGAACAUUCAAAAGAUGCAACAGCCUUAAUGUAUCCAACAACCAGUCUUGAUAGACCUAUAGAUCCCACAACGUUUAGACUAUCUGCGGACGAUAUUGCAGGAAUCCAGGCUCUCUAUGGAGCAAGAGAUCCCAAUGUGUCAAAACCUAAGCCAAACCCAACAAAACCACCACUGAAGCCUCAACCAAAACCAACUCUCCCUCCUAAAAAACCAACAAAGGCCCCUCUGAACCCAGUGGUGCCAAGAAAAUGUGACCGAACUUUGGAAUUUGAUGCUGUUACCAGCAUGAGAGGAGAUUUACUUUUCUUCAAAGAUGGGAUUAUUUGGAGAAAGAGUUCUCGUUUGCGCGAUGUUGAAGCUAUCGCCAUCAAUUCUGUUUGGCCAAACUUGGACAGAGUCGACGCAGCUUAUGAAGUUCCAGAGAGAGACAUUGUUUACUUAUUCAAAGGUAGACAACAUUGGGCCGUCAGUGGUGGCAGGAUGCUUUGGGGGUACCCUCGUGAUAUCUCAGAAUUUGGAUUCCCAAGCUCUGUUACAAAAAUAGAUGCUGCAAUGUACAUUAAUGAUGAGAAGAAAGCCAUUUUCUUUGUAGGGGAUAAGUAUUGGAGUUAUGAUCGUUCAAAAUUCAGAAUGGAUCCCAAGUCGCCCAAAAAGAUAAAAGACAAAUUUCCUGGAAUUAAUAAAAAAGUGGGAUCUGCUUUCAAAAAUUAUGAUUACCUUUACUUCGCCAAUGGACCUAAUCAGCUGGAAUAUAAUAACAGAAGACAACGGGUGCUUCGAACUUUUCCUAAUUACUCAUGGCUAAACUGCUCUUAAAGAAAUUUGCAUAUUUUUUUUUAUUAUUUGUUUCCUGUUAUUAAACAUUAAAUGUGCAAUCUAUCAUCAUAUAACUCAUUAAGUGUAUAAACAUAUAUUAAAAUGUAAAAUAUAUCCUGAA